AGUCAAAAAGUCAAACAAUUGAAGAAAUAAUUAAAUACUCAUUUUCUCUCUCUAGAAUUGUCUGUUUCUCGGUCUACAUAUAUAUUGGGGUAGAGAGAGAGAGAGAGAGUCUGUAUUGUAAAGUUGGCACCCAUUUGUUUAUUUCCCCCUUUCUUCCGUUCAUCUCUUUGCAUGGCAACUCACCGUCACUCACCAAACCACUCACUGAUUUAAUCUCGAGAUUCUCUCGCCAAAAACCCUAGCUCUGCUGUUUUUAUUUUUUUCGAUUUUGUUUUUUCGAUUUAUCACCAUGGAACAAAACUGGGAUGCUCAGAAGAUGUUGGAUUUGUACAUUUACAAUCAUCUCAUAAGAAGGAACAGGCACACAACUGCUGAGAUUUUCACUAGAGAGGCUAAUUUUCAUCCCACACCUGUUGCGCUUGAUCCGCCCGAAGGAUUUUUGUCCGAAUGGUGGUCAAUAUUUUGGAGUGUGUACUCGGCUAGAUAUCCUGAAGAAACAGGAGAUUCCUCAUCUAAGAGUAAUGGAAAUGGGCCACAGCAUGUUCAACCUGCUGUUCUGCAAAACCCGAACCUCAAUCAUAUGCAGCAGAACACAUAUCCUACAAUGCAAAGACAAGCACUUCCCAACAUGCUGCAAAAUGCGGGCCCCACAAUAAUCCCGAGGCCGAAUAAUAUAGGGAAUAUUCUGCAAGGCAGUAAUCUUUCGACAAUGACGCCAUUUCCAGGAUUGAAACUUGCACCCUUUUCGGGCUUCAAUAUGACAUCUGGACAAUCUAUAAAUAGGUUUGCUGUCAGGGAUUUGAACUCUAAUUCAAAUUUCAACUCACAGCUUCUAAAUAUUGAUCAGUUAGCUGGAAUGAUGCCAUCUUCAAGCAAUUCCAGCCUUCCUCAGGACAGAGUUUAUAAGAAUCCUCAACUAUGCCUCACUAGAGAUAACAAAUUUGGUACUAGUUUGUGGAGAUCAACUAUUCCAGACCCAACUCGUAUUCUCCCAAAGCCUGUUGAUCUAAAACUAAAACAUGCUGAUACAGGUUCAAGAAUGAACGAGCAAGUGAACUUGAAUUUCAACUCACACAACGUUGGUGUUGAUCAACUAUCGCGCUUUCUGCCAUUUUCAGCCAUAUGCAGUCACUCUCGGGAGGAAAUUGAGAAGAAGCCUAUGCAGUUUUCUCUUACUCGAGAUGAGAGAUGUGGUACUUCUGCAUCUCCAGCUCAUCAUCCACCGACAAAUAUUCAACUUAAAAUGGGACCUUCUGAUACAGAUGCAAGAAUGCGGGAGAACGCGCAUUUUGGGAUUCCUUUGAAUUUUAACUCGAAUAUUGUUGAUGUUAAUCAAUUAGCUACCUUAAUGAAUUCUUCAAGCAAUUUCAGCAAUUAUCAAAAGAAUAAGAAGCGCCAGCUGUCCAUUUCUGGGGGAGUAUGUCUAAAAUUCAUUCAGUUAAUCGGGUUUCGGUUCAUAGAAAAAAGAAUAAUAUCUGAUUUUUUUUUAAAAAACUUGUUAUAUAGAAUGACAAAUGCGGUACUGGUUCGAAGAAAUCGAGUGCUGCAGAGCCAACUCAUCAUGCAACAAAAGCUCCCCAGCCUAAAACCGAACCUGCUGAAACAGGAAUAUUUGAGCAAGGGCAUUUUGGUCUUUCUGCCGGGGACUUCAAUUCCAUCACACAGCUUCUUGGUGCUGAUGAAUUAUCUUGCUUGCUGCCAUGUUCAACCAAUUGCAGGCAUCCUCAGGACAAAGAAUGUGGUACUAGUUCGAAGAAAUCUAAUGCUGCAGAGACAACUCGUAAGGCACCGAAAGCUAAAAAACCUAGAAAAAAACGUGCUGAUUCAGGUUAGUUACAUUCUUUACAACAUAGCAUUUUUUAGCCUCGUGAUGAUGAUAUAUAUAUGCAUAUUACUGAUGUCACUGGUAUUAGGCUCUUCGGCAAGUUACAAAGCUACAAGUUCUGGUUCCAGCUCCUGAAUUGAAGAACUCUUUAUUUGCUGACAAAUGAAGCGAAUAUGAGUGGCGGCUGCUAUUUUCUCAAUCGUGGUAAUAAGAAACAUUAUCGGCAUUUUGAAGUUUAAAAAGUUGAGAUUUCGAGUUUCACUUUUGGGAUUGAGGCUAUGCACUUUAUGGAUGUGAACGGACUUUCCUUCUCCGAAAAAACAGAUGGAAAUAAAAAGCCAGGAAAGUUGGUUCGUUUCUCUUGUCAAAAUCUUGCUUUUUUCGUUCCACUAAUGUUAUAAUGUGCUUGAAGAAAGAAAUAGAUUUUAACGACUUAUACGUAUUUUUUGGACUCCCUGAAUUCCCGGAAAUUCUAGUUAAAAAAUGUUGUAUAGCUGGUAAUAUAAAAAAACAAUCCGAAAAGAUGUGAGCAAUUGUGAAAAUAAUCGAUAUUUCGUGUGGUUAUUUAACGUAAAUAUGUGGUAAGGAUGCAUUACAUGCAGUCUCAUUGAUUUCGUAAGGUUUGUUAUUACUUCUCGAUUGAACUAUUUUCAGGUCUUCCAUUUUUAACUCAACUUGUCAUGGAACGGAAUUUGCGAUCAAAUUUCACUAGAUAGAUUUCCACCUGUAAGAGCAUCUAACUUUUAUAUCUCAAUAAUUUUACUAUAAACUGAAAUGUUUAUUUAUUUCGGCAUUUUCCUGUCAGGAAAUCCGCAACAUAGACAAUAUUCCAAGGUCGUAUCGCCUUCCAUUGUGAGCCUUUUGGAGUUCUAAUGGACAAUAUUUCGGUAAAAUCUCUGUGCCUUUGAGCAUUAACCUUUUAACCUAGUUGCCUUGAACUUUUCGAGUUCACCAAGAAGCUUCCCCGAGUAAGAUACUUUUCUUUCAUUUGUAACUUAUUGAUAAGAAAAUCCCUUUUUUUU